UAACAACCAGAAGGUUCCUUUUUUGUUGAUCUAUUUUGCUCUCAGCAUCACAUUGUCGCAAACUAGUCAUCGGAAAUAUAGAAUAGAACCAUCGCCAAUAUUCGCCUGAGAAUUUUUUUCCCAAUCGGAUAUUUUAUUAGGGUUUCUGAGCUUCUUCAGACAAGGAGGAGAUUAAGUGAGAACAAGAUGUGGCACGAGGCGAGAAGAUCGGAGAAGAAGGUGCACGAUAUGAUGGACGCCGCUCGGAAAAGAGCGCAGCGGCGAGCUAUCUACCUGGCUAAACGCCGUGGAGAUCCUAUUCAGUCGAUCCAAGCCGUUGGAUCCCGCUACCGAAUCGUCCGAGAUGACGGUCUUUACCAAGCCACCGAGGAUCAACAGGGCCUGAUACCUUGGAACGGGAAGCAGGAUGUUAUGAUUGAUAGAUUUGACGGCCGUGCUCUUCUGGAUUUUGUGCGUGAGGCUGGUUCGAGAAGCAUAAGGCCGCAUAGGAAGUCGGAAGAGGAGGAAGAAGUAGAAGAGUUUGUUAAUUUUGAGCGUUACCGGGAUUUAAUUAAGCAUCGGCGUAGAGGAUGUCGGUAACCUUUUUCUACACUACGAUAGACUUUGUUUCUUGUUUGUUUUCCGAUCGUAUAUACUGUGGAAAGACAAUUCAAGCAAAAAUCGGUCUCUCGAAUCAAAUGAGAGUCACUGGGUUAACGCUUCAAACUGUGAACAGUUUCUGAUGAGGAGGGUUUGCGACAUGUCAAUCAAGAGCUCGAGGCCAAACUUACUGCACCUUUCCUAGGAACAAGACCACAACCAGCUCAACCGCCUGCAAACAAAGGCACAUAUUCACAGGUUGGGUUUUCGUAUGGUGGAAACGGAAAAGAUGAGUUGUUGGAUGCUGACGAAGAUGAUGUUGAUGACGACGAGGAUGAUGAGGAUGAGGAGGAAGAAUUUGACAGUAAUGACAGUGAUGAUGAAGGAAUGGAGACGAUUGCGAAACAGUUUGGCGUGAAGCGAUAUGGGUGGCUCGUUUAUAUGGACAAGAAGGCCAAAGAGGAAGAGAAAAGGCAAAAGGAACUUAUCAAAGGCGAUCCUUCAGUUAAGAAGCUAAGUCGAAAGGAAAGAAGAAAGGUUUCUCGGCAAGAGAGGGAUAGAGAAAGAGAGACUUCAAGGAAUUUUGGAAGGCAAAUGAUUCAUCAUGAUCCCUACAGGGAAUCACGAAGGAGUCCUACUUAUGAGGCUUAUCCGCGUUCAAGAAGAUCUAGAUCACGAUCCCGGUCUUAUUCUCCAUCAUACUCAAGACGGAAUGGUCGUGGAGACGACUCUGACGAAAUUAGCAAGCCAAAGAUCGAAUACAUUACAGAAUUUGGAGGCACUGGAGAUGUGGGAAGUCCAAAGUUUGGAGGAUAUUCGCCACCGCGUUCACCACAAUCUCAGGCUGACCUAUUAACCCGGUCGGAGCACUCAACCUCUAGUUCUUGCAAAGAUAGCCACUUACUCCCCACUUGUUGGUUGGGGAAAACUUUUGUUGUUGUAGAAUAAAGUGGCACUAGAUUGAUUAUCUGUGACAACAAGGGGGAGAUAGAAGCUUGCUUUCUGGAACCCCUUUUAAACCUGAAUGAAAUUUGCUUAUUCUAACAUUUUAUUUCCCUGCAGACCUUCGUCAGGACAUAUUCUUGAGGCGCUGCAUGUUGAUCCUGCGUCUGGUGUAUCUCUUGAGAAAGACAAGAAUGUUAAACCAGCUAAACCGGCAGUGAGUACUUCCACAGCACUUGCGAAGCUUUCGAAAGCAGCAACCUCCUCGGGAGGAUCAUCGAAGCAGAUGCAAGCGGAGAAGAAAGAAACUCCCCAAGAACGAUUAAAGAGAAUCAUGAACAAACAGCUAACGAAACAGAUUAAGAAAGACUCUGCAACGGAGACUGCUAAAAAACGAGAACAAGAGCGGCAAAGGCUGGAGAAACUAGCGGAAACAAGCCGGUUGAGUCGGAGUAGACAUCGAAGCCGUAGUAGGAGUUAUAGCCGCUCACCACCACCGAGGUUUUUAAUAAAGUUAUCAUUUUUGCUUCGUGAUUAGAGUGGGAAUUUGUGAAGAUGACAAGGAAGUUACAAAAGUUUCAGACUUUUUCGGUUCUUAGACCUCUGAUUGGAUCUCUCUCUCUCGAGACUCACCUACACAAAAUUUCAUGAUCUCCUUCUUCCAUUUGAUGUUCUUAGCUGCUAAACAUGUUUUGUCCGCAGAAGAUACAGACGAAGUAGAAGCCGUAGCAGAAGCAGAAGCAGGAGAUCGCGCAGGCACGGUACAAGAUCACGGUCUAGGUCUCGUUCUCGCUCCCCAUCUAGGUCGCUAUCACGCUCUCCUAAACGCUCUCGCAUACGCUCUUCUUCGUAUUCAAGAUCUCCCAGGCGAAGAAGCAGGUCAAGGCACUGAACUAUAAAGGACAGUUAGAGAGGAAACUAAGCCAAAAGGUUUUGCGUUGCCACUUUUCCUGUAAUUUUUUAUAUAUUUGUUAUGUGUGUUCUCUUCUGGCCCUUUUAUUUUCUCACCUUUUAGAAUAAAGUUCGACUGGGACUUUGUGUCAUAGUAGUUGUAAUAUGACAUAUAAACCAGAAGAAAGUUUUCAUAUGAUUUUUUUUUGGUAAUUUACAAAAAUGUUUUAAA